AUGGCUCCAACAACUAAAGCUCAAGCCGCCAAAAAGGCUGCCCUCAAGGGUUCCAACUCGCUGAAGGCUAACAAGGUGAGAACUUCGACAACCUUCAGACUGCCAAAGACCCUGAAACUUGCCAGAUCGCCAAAAUACACCAAGUCUGUGCCUCACUACCCAAGAGCCGACUCUUACAAAAUCAUCGUCCAACCAGUCACCAGUGAGACUGCCAUGAAGAAGGUUGAGGACGGUAACACUUUGGUUUUCCAAGUUGACUUGAAGGCCAACAAGCACCAGAUCAAGCAAGCUGUCAAGGAGCUUUACGAGGUCGAUGUUGAGAAAGUGAACACUUUGGUGAGACCAAAUGGAACCAAGAAGGCUUACGUCAGACUCACUGCUGAUUACGAUGCUCUCGACAUUGCCAACAAGAUCGGUUACAUCUAA